UCCCACAGCACUGAAGGUGGGAACUACGAAACUUGCUUAUUGAGUGGGAACCUCGAAACUUACUUAUCGAGUGGGAACAACGAAACCUUUUACUUAUUGAGUGGGAACUACGAAACACUAACAAGAUCAGCGAGAUGAACUUUCUAAUGUUUGUUGCUCUCACUUUACUUCCACAAGCGUUUGCAUCACCAAAAGUUCCAAAAAUGAGCAUCACACUGGAGGACGGGAGUUUUGUGGGUUCGAGCCUGGAAAUGCCUCCAGAGCAAAGCCUGGCCCUCAUUUGCACUGUUCAUGGUUAUGAAAGUUCUCAUAAGUUAUUAUGGUACGAAGAAGGGCGAGUUCUGAACCAUCAGUCCACCAUUGAAGGAGGCGCCUUCAUGCAGCAGCAACAAUUGAGUCUGACGAACCUCAGCGCUGACGACUGCGACCGCAAACUAACCUGCAUUUAUGGCGAUGGAGAUCAGGUUGAGGUUGCCAAAAGCACCACAAUAAAGUGUCCGGGCAAGGGACUUAGCAUCACAUUGGAGAAUGGGACUUCGGUGAACUCCAUUGUAAACAUUAUUCCAGGACAAAGACUGAGCCUCAUCUGCACAAUCCAUGGUUACGAGCUUGAACACGACUUGGUGUGGUACCAAGGAGGGCGAGUGUUAGGUAACCAGUCCACCACCCACAAAGACGCCUUCAUGCAGCAGCAAGAACUGUUCUUUACGAAGCUCCAUGCGCGAGACUGCGGCCGUGAAAUGACCUGCAUGAAUGGCGGCAAAGAUCAGCUCAAGAUCAUUCUCAUGUGUCCAAGCUCACAAGCGUCAGCCGCCCCGCCACCACAGAGCGAAGUCACCACAAGCCUUGUCGAGCCGCACAGGUUUCUAGGAUACACGACAUUUCUUGUCGUGUUUCUUAUCUUGAUGUUACUAUGUGCCACACUGACUACUUUUAAAAGUUUAAGAUCAGAUCUAAAAGUUCGUAUUACUAGGAUUAGGAAGCAUGCCAUGUCAUUCUGGCGCAAUUUGAAUUUUGGUACUCGUCGAAGUGGAUCGACCGCUCUUGAUCCCAGUGAAUCAGAAGGUUUCAUUGUAUGACAAGAUUGACAAGCAAUGGCGCCAAAACUAGCUAACCGAUACACCAACUAUGAUAUUCCGGGCCCUUCUAAAACUACUUAUAGUGUUCAGUCGGUAAUUGGGAACAAGAAGAAUAUACGUACAGAAUUACAUCCCAAUGACCUGAAUAAGUACGAAGAUCUGUGUAUAAAAAAUAUCGCGCACACAAUUGGGGUGCCUUCCUAUAAAAUAUAUUUAUUCAAAUAUUGUCUGAGUUGAGAUGUGAGCUAAUAAGAACGAAUAAUAAAGGAACAAAGCGAGAAAUUUCGUUCUCCGUGAUCUUGUUGUCAGCUCGCUAAAGACAGAGAGAUUAUAACUCAUGUCUAUUUAUCUUCCACGUGUCUAUUUAUCUUCCACGUGUCUAUUCCUCUCCCUCGUGUUUAUUAAUCUUCCACGUGUCUAUUUAUCUUUCUCGUGUUUACAUAUCUUUGCUAUUAAACUUGUAUAUGUAGCGUGCCCUCGAAGUUCGUUUGAACCAGACGCCACGAUA